UCAGAAGUGGUGUGACCGGGCUUCGUAGAGAAAUUGUUUGAAUUUCUUCUUUCAAUGCUUUUCUCGUGGAUUUUGAUCAAUAAUGAACCUACCUAGUAACCAUUGAUUGAGCAAGUUGUGCAUAAUCAUCGCAUUUCCGGGUUCGGGGGUAUAGGAUGAAACGAGUUGGAGGUAGAUCCUAUGGACAACGUGUACCCCCCCUGACAAGUGUUAUAAAGAGCAUUUUAGAGAGAUAUCCUGAUGGAGGUCAAAUUCUAAAGGAGAUAAUCCAAAAUGCAGACGAUGCUUCCGCUACAACAGUCUCGUUCCUGUUGGAUUCUCGCUGCAACCAUUACGGGACAUCAUCGCUAUUGAAUCCCCAACUUGGCAAAUUCCAGGGCCCUGCACUAUACUCAGUUAACAAUGCACAAUUCAAGCAGGAAGAUUGGGAUGGACUGGAAAGCCUCAUGGACAGUAAGAAGAAAGAGGAGCCUUUAAAGGUUGGUCGUUUUGGCAUUGGAUUCAACUCGAUAUACCACGUGACAGAUUUACCUAGUGUAGUGAGUGGAAAUCAUUUGGCCUUCUUGGAUCCGCACGAAGUCUACUUUGGAAAGAAGGAAACUGGCCAACAAUUUGAUCUCACGGAGCCUCUUCUGGACCAUUAUCCUGAUCAGUUUUCACCGUUCGAAGGGAUUUUAGGCUACAAAAUAUCUGAGUCUUUUGUGAACGGCACUAUUUUCCGUUUUCCUUUGCGAAGAGAAGCGUCUAUGCUUGCACAAAGACCUUACACCAUAGAAAAAGUCCGCUGCCUUUUCCAGUCGCUGAAAGAAGAGGCUUCCUUGAUUUUGCUUUUCCUAAAAAACAUCGAGGAAAUCUGUAUUUAUGAAACAGAUCAACACCAGAAAGAAAAGCUCAUAUUUCGAGUACGUCUCCACGACGUCUGUCGGAAACAAGUACGUCAACAGAGGCUGAACUUCUUGAGUCGAGUUUCUGAAUGGGAUAAUGGAAGCCAAGCUGUGUUGAAACUCGACCUUGAAUUGGAUAUAGAGAUCUUUGACGAAUCAAUCGGGACAAGACAGGAAAAAUGGCUGACUCACAACAUGAUAGGUGACGAUAAAUCACAGAUGCGUCAAAAAGCCCUGACGAUGCAUUUACUUCCAUGGGUUGGUUUUGCUGCGCCUAUCAGCCCUGAAGGAAUAAGAAGGAACGGCAGUAAUGGCGGUCGGAUAUUUUGUUUUCUUCCACUUCCACCCGAUGCAGAUUCGAAAACAGGAUACCCAGUCCAUGUCCACGGUUAUUUUGGGCUCACUGAUAACCGCCGCGGCUUAAAGUGGCCUGGACCAGAAUGUCAGAAUGACGAUAUGGCCGAAUGGAAUGUUGAUCUUAUGAAGUAUGUCGGGAUCAAGGCUUACUCAAAUCUCCUAGAAGCCAUGGCCGUUCGUUUACGCAAUGAUAAUCCACAAAUCUCGAAAGAUAUGAUCGAUGCAUUUUACCAGUGUUGGCCAAAUAGUCAGUAUGUGAAUGACCACUGGAAGGAGAUCAUUAAACCGCUGUUUAASMUGCUGUUAAAUAAGAGUUUGUUCUGGACGUGGUCAUAUGGAGGUAAAUGGUUGAAUCUGGAUCAAGCGGUAUUUGAAAGACUUGGAAACUUGCACUCGAGUGUCAGAACAGUUGUCAUUGAUGCUCUGCAUCUUGCCAAUGAACCAAUAGUAUCCUUACCGUACCAUGUGGACAACAACAUUCCGCYAAACACUCGUACAGUAACACCAGGUUACUGCCGUGCCCUCCUGAAAAAGAAUCGGCAGGGAUUGUGGGAUAUUGCUAACAUGAAUCGGCAGGAUAAAAUUUCCAUGCUUGAAUACAUUCUUUCAGACAACAAUUCUUUUGACUUAGCCGGAAUUGCAUUGCUGCCGUUGGCGGAUGGGUGUUUCACUUCUUUUAAAGCAGGACGUCAGUGCCCUUCUAACGGGGUAAUUUAUGUUGAGAAUGGCAACAACAAGAUGGCACUUUUAGAAGGUAUGCAAAACAGAUUCCUUGAUUCCAAAUUGGAAGAGAAUGUCCUCUAUUGCUUGACGAUAAAGACUGUCUCUCCUGGCCAAUUACCCGGAUCUCCUCUUCAGCUCGUCUUCCUGGAACCCCAAACCGUUAUCAACCUCUUAAAACAAGCUCUUCCUGGAAGCAUGUUCCAGUCACCAGGUCCGGUUGCAUGGUAUCCUUCACGUGGAGAACAUCCAUCCGAAGCAUGGCUUGAAUYGUUUUGGAAGUGGCUACAUAAGACAUUCCCUUGGGAUUUGACCGUCGUAGAGGGUUUUCCACUCAUUAAAUGUUCCACAGGUCARAACAAAGCUUUAUCACAGCUGAGCAGAAGCAAAAAAACCAUCAAACWGCGUGGAAAUGGUUCAUGUUUGCCAGAUGAAGUUGUUAGUCUUCUAAAGAAAGCCGGCAUUACAGUUCUUCAUGACGUUCCUUACUAUAUGUCUCAGCAUUCUUGUUUAUCCACAUACAUCGCUGAUGCUACUCCUGAGGGGGUCCUUGAAGUGCUUCAAAAUGCUGGAGCUCAAAGAAGUAUUGCUUCAGUGGGAGGAUCAAAUCCUCAAACUAGACGAAGUCUUCGCAGUUUUCUAAGUACCCUGAGAACAAAUCUACCGARUAASAGCAAGAUGUUUCUUAAAUCACUACCGAUUUUUGAAGCKAUUGAUAAAACCUCAUUCAAAGAUGCACAGAAUAACAGCUUCAUAGCUCCACUCGGAUAUGACAAGAAUAUACCCUUAAAGAUCAAGAACGCCAGCAGUAUUUUGUCUGUGGAAGAUUUCUCAAGCCAACAUAUACUAUUGCAUGUCCUGCAGAUCCCCACGUUAACAAUGGGACAGUUCAUUUUCAGAGAAGUAUUGCCACAUCUAUCCUGCUACACAAUCCUUCAAGUUACAUCUUUAAUGUGUUGGGUGCUUCGUAGAAUUGAUGUAUUCCGUAGUGAAGAACCRAAGUUAUUAAGCUACCUAUCAAGCGUGAACUUUGUCGACUCUGGAAAUGGAAGAUUGGUAAGACCACAAGAUCUUUUUGAUCCAAGAAACAACCUGAACCAACGUUUGUUUGAAGGUGAAGUGUCUAAAUUUCCAAUCGGCGAAUAUGCUAAUGAAGACAUCCUCGUGCAAUUGAGAGCUUUAGGACUAAAAGRAACUCUUGACCACGAAGAUUUGGUAGCUCUAGCAGGAAAUCUUCAAAGGUUUGACGCCAACAUGAGAAACAGAAAAGCAACUGCACUUCUGGAAUUUCUGRACAAAUACUCAUCUUUGUUAGAAAAACAUGUYAAYAUCARUUGUAAAAGUACGACKGUGCAACAUUACCUWCUAAAYGUUGCAUGGGUCCCYUGCGAAAAGAUGUCAUCUCCARAUUACCCCAUGUGUAUGCCGYUGAAGUCAGUUGAGACGAAUUUGUUUCGACCAAGUGAAGUUGCUUCUCCRCUAUAUGGUAUCAUCGUUGGAGCCGUUCUACCAGUAUUGAAAGUCAGCCCCUGCAGUGGUGUAAGGAGUGCCUUUGGAUGGGACAAACCUCCAGAUGCAUCAAAMAUUUUCRARCAGYUGAGUAUCGCUUGUAARGUCUUCGUCCCUGAUUCUUUGCGAGGGGAAGAAAAGGAGAAGUUUGSAAAGAUGCUCAARCAGAUUUACAAAGCUUUGGCAGCACAGGACCGUUCAAAGUACUACGCUUUUCUGCACCAAUGUGACWUCCCUUGGAUAUGGAAUGGKCAAGGAUUUUCAUCUCCRASUGCAAUUGCAUUUAGAAGACAAAUGAACUUUGAACUUGAGCCUUAUCUUYACACUAUUCCCGWAGAGAUGAAAGACGAAGAUCUGAAUGAAUUUUUCUCAAUGUUUGGAGUAAAAGACUCGUUCACKGARCAAAAUCUUCUUGACGUUCURCUUGAAAUCAAGAUGAAGCACGAGAGAAAACAGAUGAGUAGUGAUGACGUGKCUAGUGACAAACGCUUGGCUAUAAAUAUCCUCCAAUGGACUGUCAAAGAUGGAGCAUUAACAGAGGAGCUACGCCAGAAAGUGAACGUCCCGGUAAUGAGUGAUCCKUCUACUUURAAGCUAGUCCCUGUAUCAGAGAGUACAUUCUGUGAUGCUGAYUGGCUGCGAGGUAACUACACAGAGCUAGAGAAACUCCCRGAGCUCUGUGAGUUGUGCAUGAUUGAUGAAAACAUUUCCAAUGCAAUAGCCUUUAAUCUUGGUGUUCCUCCGAUGAGUCAGUGCGUCACUAAACCUGAGAUGCUUGGAUUUGAACAAGCCGGGCCAUAUGAGCCCAUAACUACACGUUUAAAGAAUAUYUUAGAGGAAUAUAARGAAGGAGCUGGAGUUUUCAAGGARUURAUACAGAAUGCCGACGAUGCUGGAGCUACCGAGGURAAGUUUUUGGUGGAUUGGAGGCAGCAUCCAGUACAGAAACUAUUAUCUGAUGGAAUGAAAGAAUCUCAAGGUCCAGCCUUGCUAGCCUACAACAAUGCGAUAUUUACURAAGARGAUUUUCAAAAUAUCAACAAACUGGCUGGAGCAACCAAGAAAGAAGACCUUGAAAAGAUCGGUCGGUUUGGAUUAGGUUUCAACUCUGUUUACCACAUCACUGAUACCCCAAGUUUUGUAAGCUCGAGCUGUAUAGUUGUUUUUGAUCCCGAUACCAACCACCUCGGGAACYUUAUAAGAAACCCACAUCACCCUGGAAUUAAGAUUGAUCUUGCCAAAAGCAAACAUACGCUUCCGUGCUUCCCCGAUCAAUUUCAACCCUACCAUGGAGUUUUUGGCUGUGAUGUCAGAGGAGAAUUGCCAUUCAACUUCGACGGUACACUUUUCCGUUUUCCCUUUCGCCGCAGUYCUAGCGAGAUUUGUGACAAGCAGUACAGCAAAGAUGAUGUGAAAAGUUUAUUACAAUCCUUUUACAGCAGCUCUUCCACCCUUCUUUUGAAUACCCAGAAUGUGUGUCAAGUAACUGUUUGGGAACUAAAUCAGCGUGCAACGUCYGCAACUGAAAUGAAGCUUCUCAUGAAAGUCGAGAGAAAUGUCACGUAUGACUCUGGAGCCUUGACAAAUACUACCUUCUUACAGGACUGCGCAAAUUGGACCAAAUUCGAUGAUCAUGACGGCAUUCAACCUCCUCAGCGAACAAAGAUCGUGUCUCUUACAUUAUCGACUGAAGAUGGGGAAAAUACAAGAACAGACUGGAUUCAGUGUGACCGAAUGGGUGAUGGAGAGUCCCUCGAACUAGCCUCAAGUAAAGAGGGAAAGGAAAAAGGUCUUCUCUCCUGUGCUGGAGUUGCUGUGAAUCUCAAGCGCAUUGASAAAUCGACAAAUGCAUGGAGCGUACAAAGAACAAAUGGCGAGGUAUUUUGYUUUCUUCCACUUUCGAUUCCAACCGGUUUACCURUUCACGUAAAUGGAUACUUUGCAAUAACCUCUAACCGAAGAGGAAUCUGGGAACAAACAGCGGAGGAAAUGCAUCAUUUUCAACCUGUGGAAGCACGAUGGAACAAGGCAUUAAUGAAGGAUGGGAUUGCGAAGGCUUACCUUGAGAUAUUAAAAGAAGCAAAACGAAUGGCCCAAGGGCGUAGCCUAGAGGGAUACGACUUUUGUUCUUKGUGGCCAGAUCCGGAUCGUAUACAAUCUCAAGUYUGGAAGCCACUUGUUAUUGGUGUGUACUCCCUCAUCGCAAGCUCGUCGAUAUCACUACUACGAAGCGGCGAUAAAUGGUAUCCAUUCACUGAUUGCUCUUUCCCYGACGAUGAAUUGAUGAAMAUCCCUGGAAGCCUCCACAUUCUACAGCACCUGGGACACAAGUCAGUUCAACUUCCCUCUUUCGCCCAGAAGGGAUUUGCCUUGUGCAGCUUUGGAGAACAAAUCCAAAAACAGACCAUCACACAAGAGAAGUUCCUAAAAGAAAUGUUUUUCCCAAACAUUCAUACCAUAGCUGCAGCUCUACGUAAUCAAGUAGUUUGCUUUGUAAUCGAUGCCUGCUUGGUUAGCGAAGACGAAUCAAAGAAAUSUCUUUUUAAAGACUUGUUGAGUAGCAAUUCUUGUAUACCUUGCUCAUCYAGUCAAGACCUACUUGAUCAGCCCAAGAAUCUUGUACAUCCACAAGGUGAUGCAGCAGCUCUWUAUUCRCCGCAGGAKAACAAAGUUCCUGUUGGCAAUUGCUUUCUUGAUCCAAAACGUUUACUAGUUUUAGAAGAGCUUGGCAUGGCAAAGAAUGAAUUGAGCUGGAAUCAGAUCUGCAACAGAGCACUGUCGGUUAAGAGCUUACCAUACGAGAAUGGCCUGAAGAGGGUGUCCAACUUAAUUGGAUACCUGAAUAGCCACAUAUCAGAAAUGCUUCCAGUAGAUUUGAACACACAACAAUAUUUGAUGUCUUUGGAAAUUUUUCCCGUCAUGACGAAACCAGAAUCAUGGUUUUAUCCAUGGAGAGGAGAAACAGCGAGCUCAACAACAAUGAUGUCAUCCUCGGAGUUGUUUGACAAGUCAUGUAUUGACAUAGUCGGUUCAGUAGAGCAAAUCCUUGACGAGUCCAGUAGUACAGGCUGUGGAAAACUUACCCCAAAAGUACGUGAGCUGUUUCUAAUUUCAGAUAACAAACCAAAUAUGGAACAAGUAUUAAAACAGCUAGUGUUAGUUUGUGACUACUUUGAAAGGAUAGAAGCAAGCAAAYCCUUACAUCUGAUGACCAAUAGAGUUUGCAAUAGUAUUUACUCUUUUUUGAAUGGCGAAAUAGGAAACGAGGAAGAAUUGAAGCUUAUCAAAUCUUCUUUAGAGGAUCURCCGUGGAUUUUCAUUGAAGAUCGUUUCGUGAGAAGUGCACAAUUAGCGUUUGAAUGGGGACGUUAUGGAGCUCCAUAUUUAUAUCAUGUUCCACGAUCUCUAGCUCAACACAGCCAACUUCUUGAAAAAAUGGCUGUAAAAAGAACAUUCGGAAUACGGGAUAUUCUUUCAGCAUUAGAAAACCUAAAAACCGACAAGGAAGGGAGGAGUUUGAGCGACGAUGAGUUUAUGAUUUCAAAGGGAUUCCUUGACGAAUUAAGCGSCCUKUUAGACAAAUCUUCUGAGGAUAYUUCUWAYARUUGCACGCMAAUGCCAGAUCAAAAYAGAGUUCUACGAGCAGCCAAAGAUCUAGUUAUCAACGAUGCCCCAUGGAUUAMAAUCACAGACGACAUCAAAUACAUUCACMAAGAUGUUUCAAUUGAUCUUGGMCAGAAAUUGGGAGCCAAAGAUGUCCGCWCAAAGAGUCUGGAAGACAUAUCGAGGUYYCUUGGUCAGCCGUUUGGUCARAGUGAACUCCUAACAGACCGUUUGGCAGGCAUUCUAAAGGCAUAUCCUUGUGAUUWUGGAAUUCUUAAAGARCUCCUCCAAAAUGCCGAUGAUGCCAAAGCAACAGAAAUCCAUUUUGUCUACGACMCUCGUCAACACGAGGGAGAGCAACUAUUCAAAGAUUCCUGGAAGGAGCUCCAAGGCCCUGCUUUGUGCGUUUACAAUAACCGUCCUUUUUCUGAAGAGGACCUUGARGGAAUACAGASACUGGGAAUAGGAAGUAAAUCUGAUAGUCCAGAAAAGACUGGUCAGUAUGGYAUUGGAUUCAACKCGGUGUACCACCUKACUGACUGUCCUUCUUUCAUAACAAAUGGAAACACCCUUUGCAUCUUGGAUCCUCAUGCUCGAUACGCACCAGGAGCAACUAAGCAAAACCCAGGAAGACUCAUAGGUCCUUUCGAAGCAGUUCACACAGAGAGCUUCCGAGAUGUAUUUCCUGGAUACCUUGGAGAUUUGUUUGAUCUAAAGGAUUCUACCAUGUUUCGCUUUCCAUUGCGAAACAAAGAAAUGGCAAGCAAAUCUGACAUCUCUCAAAAAGAAGUCCUAUCAAUCAUCGACCUUCUCCUCUCGACAUUCGUAGAUGAGGCAAAAGAAUCUCUUCUUUUCCUGAAUUAUGUCCGGAAAAUUUCAAUUUCCAAGGUAGACGAAGGCGAACUGAAGUUGAUGUACCAAGUUUCAGCAAAUCUCCAAAAAGAAGACGAAAUCAAGCGCUACGAACUAGCUUCGUACGUCAAGGAAUCAAAACAACUGCCAACCAGCAACAUAAAAAGAUUUGGAAUAUUCUACCCACUCACCCUUAAGGAUAUUCAUUCGGAGGAAAAGUGGCUUGUUCAGCAAACCAUAGGCAUCGAUAGCAAGGGAGUUAACGUUCCAGAUGGAAAGCAAAAUGGUCUUCUUCCUCGCGCGGGAGUAGCAGCGAAGGUGAUAUCUUCAAAUAAAUCAUGCCAAAAAGCAUCAAAAGCGUUCUGCUUUCUUCCUCUUCCAGGUUCAACUGAUCUUCCUGUACAUGUAAAUGGCCAUUUUGCACUUGAUUCAGGAAGACGUCAUCUCUGGCAAGAUGAAGACGAGAAAGCCUUCAAAACUAAAUGGAAUCACUUCGUGAAGACCGAAAUGAUAGCUGAUGCAUAUAUCAAGCUCUUGAUUGAAGCCCGCAAGUAUAUUCCACAACUUAAAGUCGAAGACGAAUUCUACUUUAGCCAUGCAUUUGAAGCAAAUCGUGGCUUAGAAUGGUACGAGGGUCUGUUUCCAUCCCAAACAGAAUGUGAAUCUACUUGGAAAGAUUUGGCUGAUGCUGUGUUAAAAAAGAUCAUCCUCUACAGCAAAAACGUUUUGCCUGUAAUUAGAAAGACCAAGACGGACAAAGGGACAAGACAUACUUGUGUUUGGUUUUCCUCUUCGGAAUGCUUCUUUCCUAGCCCAGAUUGUGAUUUUGAUCUUUGUAUCAUUCUGCGAGACCUUACAUUCAACUUGGUGUCCUUAAAACGAUCAAUUUACAGCAGUUUCAAGAAGGCAAACACUGCAGUGACAGAGGUUUCUCCUGAAGUAGUUUUGGAAUUCCUUUCCAGUCAUAAUCCACUAUUGGAACAGUUGCCAUGUCAAGUAAAGGAAUCUAGAAUUGAGUCAACUGCAAACGUUCUCAGACUUUUGAAAUACUGCAUGGAAACAACCACAUUUGCCAAAAAACUUGACGGUGUGCCUCUUUUGGUUACAGAAGAUGGAAUUCUACGAGUAUUCAGCAAGCAACAUCCCGUAUACGUGAGCAGCUACUCACAUCUCAUUAACUCGCCUGCAAAUUACAAUAAAUUUGCAAAUAAGAAAAUUGUUCAAGCUCUAAAACCAGACGUUAUGCAAGAAUUAUUUCAGCAAAGUCCCCCAACUAUACUACAACUGAAUUUGGCUGAUCUAGCAGCGUUUUUCCAAUACAUUUUUCAAGAAAACGACACCUGGUCGGUGACCACUGCUCGAGUACCCUGGGAUCCAGAGAAACAGGACCGGGACAUCAAGAUGUGGCUAACAAAGUUAUGGCACUUCAUCGUAAAGAACCACCGAAAACAACAUUCCGAACGGUUUCUUGAACCUCUACGAGRAUGGCCGGUGAUACCAGUGAAGUCUGGACACCUAGUUCCUGUUACGCUGUCUAAAACGGCUCUCAAUCUAUYUGAAUCAGAUUCGUGGUCUCCCCAACAGAAACGUGUAGUUAAGGCGUUGCAAGAUCUUCGAUGCCCAGAAGUGGAUAUAGAACUAAUGGAAUUGAGGGGUGAAAAAGUGUCGGACGUCGUGAAACCGUACCUGGCGUAUCCUAACUCAAUAGAUGACGUGGUUACGGUACUUGACGCUUUGAUGAAAUCCGACGUCGACAUCUCCGAUCGAUUAGAUGUAAAUGGUGCAAAUCUUCUUCUUCAGUUUCUACAAGAAGACUCCACAACAUKAAAGUCUAGUUCAAAAUACCUGUCAGUCCUUCGCAGACUGCCAUUUUACGAGACGAUAGAUGGCCGGCUAAUAAGCUUGGAUGGAGCUUCCUCUGUUUGCAAGAUGCCCCCUGGGAUACCUUUGGAUGAAUCCGACAUUUGGAUGGAAGGCACUAGGAAUAUUUUCCUUCAGCCCAAUACUACUUUGGAUCUCCUACAUGAGCUACUUGAUGUUCAUCUCAAGUCACGCGUCUCCUGUUAUAUUGAUUUUAUCUUUCCAAGGUUCAAUGUACUCAAAGAAUCAACUCGUAUGAAACAUCUAUCUUUUAUAAAAGACAAACUUUUACAUCCAAGUGAUGAUACUGAUGYCAAAAGACUGGAAGCAGCUCUAAAAGGACUGAGGUUUGUCCCCCAUGUAGAUUCAGGAGAGCUUAACACAGCAUCGCACUACUACGAUCCACGAAACCCGGUAUUUAAAUCCAUGCUUUCUAAAGACAAGUUCCCAGGGAAGCCAUUUACAGAACAGGAGUGGAUUUUGUUUCUUUGUAGGAUUGGUUUGCAGAUGACAUUCACCAAAGAACAGUUCUUAUKUUUCGCUAAAGAAGUCGAAAGAAAAGCGGAAMAUGWAGUGWCGAAAGCUCUUCUAAAAAAAUCUCAAGUUCUUAUAGACUAUUUAUUUCAAGAGRAUAGUCUUCAUGAGGCCAACUUUCUCAAUGCUGUCUCUACAAUUAAAUUUGUUAUGCCUCACAARGUGGAUGCAAAAUAUACUUCUCUUAUCGAACAACAUUUGUUUGAGGAGAGUUCAGUAAUUCCUAUGAUUCAAUUCAGGAAUUCUCUUCCAAGUAAGCACUCCAUCCUGGUGUGGGGAUGUGCAACGUUCCUCCCUGACUGUGCGUGGCCAAGUGAUGCAAAUGUUAGACGAAUGUUGGGGAUUGUCGAAGAUCCAACAUUGCAACAAGUGAAAAAUCAAGUCCAAAAACUUUGCAAAAAGUUUGAGAGUAAAGACCGAGAUUUGGAMGAAUCGGUUUCYAACCGUCUAUUGCAAGUUAUGCCUCGCAUCUACAGCUUUCUUCAAAGCGCUAUGCAUCGGUCUAAMAUCAAUAUGUUUUUUCGUGGAGUGCCCCUAGUACUGGUUGAUGAAGGGAGAGUAUUCGUUCGUUGUGAGCAGAUAGCCUUUGAAAUGCAACGUUCUGAAGAGCAGCCACCAUACCUAUACAAGGUUCCAAGAGAGUUUGGUCAAUUUGAAAGUCUGUUCAAGUGCCUUGGAGCUACUGAAAAACCAUGCCCUUCACAAUAUGCUUCAAUCCUUGAGAUUCUGUGGACACAGAGCAAAGGGGAAGUGGUUCAUCCUGAUGAAAUGCGACACGUGAAAAAUGCCAUGYGUGGCUUGUUUAGAAACCUGAAAAGGCUUCACAGAGCUGACGAGCGCGAGAAAACUACAACGCGUUUGUCUUCACUGCAAAACGUGGAAGCUCUUUACCUUCUUGACAAAAAGGAGCAAAUGAAACAAUCAACUCGUUUGUAUUAUGCAAGUGAUGAACUCCUAGGAAGAAUAGAUCAAGAAGAGUUCAAGUAUGAUUUAUUGCACGAUUUGACCAGUGUAAUKCAWUCGAGMGAUCAUCCAGAGGAUGUUCUGGGAUACCUUCCUCCUCAUUUACAAGUGAMAYUGCUGUCCAGAGUUCUSGUUGAAGAGGUACUUACAAAAUGCUUUGAUAAAAAGUGUAUGAUGGAUGAGGAGGAAAAUUGCCAAAGUGCAAAACGCUUGAGGUCCUUACUAACAUCUGGUCACUUGAAUGAUGGCAUAUUAAGAAUCCUUAAGGACCAGAAUCGCUCAGUGGAUAUAGACGAGGGGUUACAAAGCAAGGUGGAGAAUUUAGCAACAGUGUUCGAAAUCGUAUGCUUGGAAAGUUUGCAAACUGUUUUGAAGAGUAACAAAGGUGAAGAGCAACAAGGCAGCGAGACUUCGAAGCAAUAUUUCACUAAAAGUGAUGGAGAAAGCACCUGUAUUUUCAUUCAACAUGGAGCAAAGAAUUAUGACUCUAGAGUAAGCUAUGAACUGUGUGCAGCCGUUAAUAAGUAUAUCGGCAAUGCAGUAGAUCAAGCCCACAUUGCACACCUCGAAGUCAGCAUUUUACAUGGACUUAUAAGAAGGCCAAAUGAUAUCCCCACCGUGUUAGAUGAUCGUGGCAUCCAAAGAUAUACUCGCGAAUGUUCUAGCAAAGAGCCAUCGACAACAGUAGGAUCAACGAUACCACCUGAGUUUGAAGAGCUUCUAAUUAUGGAGAUGGAUUUUCUAUUUCGUCAAGACGAAAUAGUCGGUUAUGAAAAGGAGGAAAACCAUGAAGAUGGAAAAUAUAUCUAUGCAAGGAUAAUCCGUGAAACCGCAGCACCGAAUCUUGGAGGCAGAACGAAGAAGGCAAAGAGAGAUCCCACAACUGGAAAACGRAAGAACCAGAAUCCCUUACUUCGCAAGUAUCUGAUUGAUAUAGGUAGUGGUMCUUAUAUUGAGGUUGAUGCGCUUGACUUGUACAAACUUAAACGACCWGAGGAAGUGAGCGAUUCAAAAGAAAAGACAAACUUGUCUGAAUCCCAAGAUGUUGUCCCUUACACGGGAGAAGAGCAAGCACCAGGAGCAAGUGCAUCGAGGCCYUCCAAUCCCCCAGGUAUACCGCACUCGUGGGAAAAGGCCGUCAAAGAGAUGGACAAAGCCCUGGAAGAUAUCAUGAAACUCCCAAAAGAGCAGAGGAACAAAGCUCUUAAACGGCUCUAUUUACGCUGGCAUCCAGAUAAAAAUCCAGGSAUGGAGGCGUUGGCAACUAAGGCUGUCCAGUAUAUGCAAAAUGAAUUCAAGCGUUUGUCUGAAGGAAGGAAAGGGCGAUCAAGUGGCAACAGCAGCACCAGCAGUCGACAGGAUGAUGACUUUGACUGGGAAGACGUUUUUAGGAGCUGGGACUACAGAGCAAGAAGGCAGCGCGCAAGUUAUGAUAAUUACCGUCGCAGUAACCCAGGAUUUACGAGAAACUUCCAUUCUGGUGGUGAAUAUAGAAACUACUCUGGAGGUUCGUCCAGUACGUUUGGUAGUUCCUUUUCAUUUGAAAGUGAAAACAGAAGGUAUCGUCGACCAGACGCGAAAACGGCWAGGAUAUGGCUGCUCCAGUGUCGCAGUGACCUCGAUAGCAUUAAACAUCUCUUUAGCGCAAAAACACAAGAUGGGUUUUACUGGUUGAUUUGCUUUCAGUGCAGUCAAGUGGUGGAAAAGGCUUUAAAGGGGGCUUUGUAUGGAGUAAGUGGUAUAUCUGAAUCACAGCUCGAGAGCCACGAUUUGACGUCUUUGGCAUAUGACUUAAAAUGCCUUCCAAGAGCACCUGAUKUCGUACAUUCUGCCGGAAAACUAUGGAAGUACUAUGAAGCUGCGAGGUAUCCACACAAGCACAACCCAGCUAAAGCACCCAAGGAGGUGUACACCUUUCAGGAAGCGAAAGAGGCAUAUGAAAUUGCCAAAAGCGUGUUGAAAGACAUAGAAGAGUUCAUUGGUAUUCUGCAUCUUUAAGGUCCAAAGUUUGGAGCAAUUGUUUAACAGAACGUGUGUACUUAAUCGAUUGCUUAGUCUGUAUCUAAUCGAAACCCGAUUUCGAUCAUGUUUUUGUCAAUACAUAAUAUAGUAUUAACGUUAACUAUGAUAGUAGAAUAGAUUUGGUAUGAACAUUUAUAUAUGAUGUCGAUCAGUAACAUUGUAGAUGUUAGCAUAAUUAUCAAAUGUGGUUGAUUCUCUUCCAUGUGCUUUGCGACAUAUUUCCAAASUUUUUCAUUUUAUAGUGUGCUAAGAAUCCAUCGACCGAUUUAUAACCUUUUUAUAGUUUGUUGGAUAGGCUUUACCUUUUGACUAUUUCACAGUAUAUACGUCUCUAUUAGUCUUUUCUUCAAGACAGUAUUGAUGGUUUUCAACCAUUCCCAUGAGGGUGAGCAAAACAAAAAGGUCCACCAGUCACGGUGGUGGUUUUCUUUUGUCAGGUCCACCAGCAAUGGCRGACAUCUUUUGUUUAACUUUCUCUCCUGGGAAUGGUUGAAAACCAUCAAUAUUACUGCAGUAUUCAUAUAACUUUGCUUAACAUUGUAGUKAUGAGAAACAAUAAAAGUAUAUUGUCGUUUAAG